AUGGAUUUUAACCUUCUUGAUGAAAGACUAGAGGGGAAAACCGAAGUAGGCCUGCUAUCCACUGAGGAAUAUAAGUAUAUGGUAAAGGAUGUUUAUGAUCAUAUAAAAACAAAGCAUCCACAAGUAGACACUUUUUUACUUAAUGGAGAAGGUAUGCUCUGUCCUUUGAAAACUAAAACUUUUCAGUUUUUUAUCCUUCUUGGGGUGUGCUGCCCUCUUCAUUCUUUCGAAGACUUUAUAAGUAUAUCAUCUCAUAUGUCUCAAGAAGACACAAGCCUUCUGAAGGGGGAGAAGAGGAAUGUAAUAUAUGAUUCAACAUAUGGAAGGCGCUCAUCAGAGAACGAGAUGUCAGGAGACAUUCUUGUGGUAACAAAGAACCAGAUGUUUUAUGAAUACUAUUUCUACAAAUACAAUGCGGAAUCUUUCUAUAAUCUAGAAAGGCGAGAUAGAAUGGAGUAUCUUUCAUCUAAGUGCAACAAAGGAAGGAGGAUUCGAGACCUUCAGAUAUUUGCAAUAAUAUUUACGUCAAGGGCCUACGAGGAGUUGGCAAGGUCUAUCCGGAGGGCACUUGUUUCUAGACGCAAAAACGCAUAUCUCCUAUUUCUAAAAGACCUUUCCUAUGAAAGGAUGAUAACCAUAGAGGGGACUGAGUGCAUUGUGGUGGUGGAUUGCCCUUUCUUUGAAUGCACACUUGAUCUACACAUUCCUGUUGUAACCCCCUUUGAAGUCGAAUACGCAUUUUCUGGAGAGUGGAAAAGAUUCGACAAGAACUCGUUUUCUGUCAGUUUGGAAUCCAAGAGCGACUGCACAGAGGUUGAUCAUAUCGGAAAAGCAGGAAGGAUUCUACUGAGAUCAGAAGGGCAAAAUGUCCCUUACUGUUAUGGAGAAGAGAACAUGGAUAUUCAUAGUGGGGAUAGUGGAAUUCCAUGCAAAUAUGACAAUGAGGGAACGUAA